CCCUGUCUUUCACCUCCUCUCAACUUUGUACAAACUGCACAUUAACACAAUGAAGGCUGCCGUUUUAGCCCUCGCCCUCUCCCUGACGCCGGUCGCCGCCGAAGCAUGGGCUCCUAGACCGAUGCCGUCCCUGCACAAGAGUGCACCGAUGCGUGCUGAGGCUGCCGUCGCGGUUACGGGCGGCUCAGACGCGCGCGCCGGCCCGGCGGGUGUCUACGACGCCGCCGUGACGCUCGGAGCUGGCAAGGCCGCCACGCCGAUCUCCAAGCUCAUCCCGCUCAGCUUCCUGAGCGGUCCGCACCAGUGAAUGAACCAAAUUGUCGCGGCGCGAAUCACUGCACCCGACUCACUGUUCGAUAAACGCAGGCGCGCACAUCGCCUUGGGUGCGAUGCUGGCGGUGUCGGUGGGCGGCAGCGUCCCCGGCAUCAAGGCCGCGAACCCGGGCGUGCAAAGGGCUUUGCUCGGCGUCAUGGGUUUACCUAUGGGUUUACUGAUGGUCCUCGGCGCGGGCGGCGAACUCGUGACGGGCAACAUGGCCGUCUGCACCGCGGCUUAUAAAGCGGGCAAGGCUUCUCUGUCUGAUUUAUGCAGAAACCUCGGCACGGUCUACCUCGGCAAUUUUGUUGGAUCGUUAGCCGUGGCAGCUCUAGGAGCCUGGGCCUCGACGGGCGUGACGGGCGGCGCCAUCGCCGUCGCCACGGGCAAGGUGAGCGGCACCUUCGGCGCGGCCUUCGCCAGAGGUGUAUUGUGCAACUGGCUCGUGUGCAUGGCCGUCUGGAUGGCCACGUCGCAGAAGGAUUUGAUCAGCAAGGCCGCGGCCGUCUUCUUCCCGAUCUCGGGCUUCGUCGCCAUGGGUCUCGAUCACUCGGUCGCGAACAUGUUCCUCAUCCCGUUCGGCAUCUUCUGCGGCGCGGAGAUCACGUGGGCGGACAUGGUCAUGAAGAACCUGGUGCCCGUCACGCUGGGCAACUUGGUCGGCGGCGCGGUCUUCGUGGCCGCGGCGUACCACUCGGCCUACGGCAAGUAG